CUGCUAGAGACAGCAGAGAGAGGAGGCAGGCGGGCAGGCGGUGGGCAGCGAGCUGCGGUGGACAGAGGCCGGGCACAACCAGCUUCCUCUCCAGUCUGUGCCGAGUCCAGCUCCAGACAGACUGCUCUGAAGGGGCCUACACAGCAGAGCUCAGGAGGGUUAGGAGAAGCUGAAGUCCACAUCUUCACCCGGGCCAGAAAGGACUUGUCUCACUCCUCAGCUGGAUAUCAUGCUAGCCCCGUGCAGCUGCAGCAGAAGAAGGUGAAUCUGCAGAGAACCCGAGCAGUACUCUCCCUGAGCUAGGAGCCUGCUGCUUUGCACUACCAAGGACCAUAAUGCUGGGCCCUCACUUCCCACCCCCACCCCUUGGACCCAGUGAGGGGAGGGCUGCCCCUUGCACCUUCCAGAUCCCGGAUGGGAGCUACAGGUGCCUGGCUCUGGAAGCUGAGGAGAGCAGCAGUGAAGAUGGCCUGCAGGGAGAGGCAAGGCUUGUGGACCUGGAAGAAGAGGUGGCCAGCCAGAGCAGAACCGACCACGGGACACCGCAGUUAUCCAGAGCGCCAGGCACAAUCCAGUCAUCCAGCUGUUCCAGGGAGGUACGAGGUGGGUUCCAGCACAAUGACAGGACCAGCCAUGACUGGGAUGUGGUACAGGCCCGGAAAGUGAUGACAGCCAGUGCCAGCACCAGCACCAGCCCUGUGCCCAGGGUGGCCCAGAAAUCAGCAUUGGGCCGGAGCUCCAGCUUUACUGAAAAGGAUCUGAAAGAGGCCAAGGCGUGGAGCCAGCAGAUUGCAGCCCAGCUGACCACCCCUCCCAGUUCCAACUCCAGAGGGGUCCAGCUCUUCAACAGGCGCCGGCAGAGGGUGAACGAGUUCACCUUGGAGAGCCGAGGUCAGAGGCCACCAAAGCUCAGCCAAGAGGCCCGGCAAGCAGGGCACCCUUCGAGCCCCACAGGCCAUGCCCCAGGCCUCAGUCUGAGUCCUCCAUCUCCAUCCAAGCCAGGCCCUCCAAAGCACCCCAGCUCCCAAAGCCCCAGCCGAGGGCUCCCUGGCCAUAUCAUGGAGGAGUACUCAGAGGAAGCCAGUCUGCUGCGGCACCUGGAGAAGGUUGCCAGUGAAGAGGAGGAGGUACCUCUGGUGGUUUACUUAAAGGAGAAUGCAGCCCUGCUGACAGCCAAUGGGCUACACCUGUCCCAGAGCCAGGAGACCCAGCCGUCCUCACCAAACCCUCCUGAAACUCAAGUACCCAGUCCAGCUGCAGAUAUCAACCAGAACCCUCCCUUGCCCAAUGCCACGCUCACCACACCAGCCUCUAACAGCCACCACAACCAGCCCACCGCCGAUGUCAACCAGAACCCCCCGGCCACUGUCACCCCUGCCCAACAGAACUCAUCUGAGGCACAGUGUUCCCCAAAUGGCACCCUUGAUUCCAAACCCAGCACUCCAGUGUGUGCUGAUGAGGGGCUGCCCCAGGUGCCGGCAGAGGAGGUGAGAUUCAGCGUUCUCCUGAUUGAUAAGGUGUCGGCUCCACCAUCUGUCACCAGCGCCUUCACUAGAGAAGCCGCUCCCCUCUCCAGCUCUGCGACACCAGCAGCGGAUCUCAUGUCCAGCUCCCUGCUCAUUGACAUGCAGCCUAGCACUCUAGUGGCAUCAGCAGAACAAGAGACGUCUGGACGUGCCCCUGUCACCACGCCCACUAAGGUGUACAGUGAAGUACAUCUCACACUAGCCAAGCCCGCGCCAGUGGUCAACAGGACAGCCAGGCCUUUUGGGAUCCAGUCACCGGGGACUACCAGCCAGAUAGAGCAGAGCCCCAUGAUGGGAAGAAGAAAUUUCGGAGAGAAGGCUUGGGCUCCCCCAGCCAGCACUAUGGUGGAUAGGAGUCCCCAGCCACAGAGGCAUAUGAUGUCCCGCAGCCCCAUGGUGGAAAGGAGGCUGGUCGGGCAGCGAAGCCCAGUCCCGGAGAGACGCCCUUUAGGAAGCUUCACCCCACCCCCCACCUAUGCGGAGACUUUGUCAACCGCCCCCGUGGCUUCUCGGGUCAGGUCUCCCCCCUCUUACUCUACUCUGUACCCCAGCUCCGACCCCAAGCCUCCUCAUCUGAAGGGCCAGGUAGCCCCUGCCAACAAGACAGGAAUUUUGGAAGAGUCUAUGGCCCGCCGAGGCAGCCGGAAAUCAAUGUUCACCUUCGUGGAGAAGCCCAAGGUGACCCCAAAUCCAGACUUGCUGGACCUAGUGCAGACAGCUGAUGAGAAGCGGAGGCAGAGAGACCACGGGGAGGUGGGCAUGGAAGAAGAGCCCUUUGCCCUGGGAGCUGAGGCCUCCAACUUCCAGCAGGAGCCAGCAGCUCGGGACAGGGUCAGCCCUGCAGCAGCUGAGGAGGCUGUCCCCGAGUGGGCCUCCUGCCUCAAAUCACCCCGUAUCCAGGCCAAGCCGAAGCCCAAACCCAACCAGAACCUCUCAGAGGCAUCAGGGAAGGGGGCUGAGCUCUAUGCCCGCCGCCAGUCACGGAUGGAGAAAUACGUCAUAGAGUCUUCAAGCCCUGCCGAGUUGGCCCGCUGCCCUUCACCUACCAUGUCCCUGCCUUCAUCCUGGAAAUAUUCCACUAACGCUCCUGGAGGCUUCCGAGUGGCAUCCCUAAGCCCAGCGCGGACUCCGCCUGCCUCUCUCUACCACGGCUAUCUGCCAGAGAACGGAGUCCUGCGCCCAGAGCCUACCAAGCAGCAGCCAUACCAGAUGAGGCCUUCACUCUAUGCUCUGUCGCCCGUCAAGGAACCUGCCAAGGCCUCAUCACGCACCACGUCAUCACGCACUCCGUCACGCACUGUCUCACCCCGUGCUGCCUCCCCGGCCAAGCCUAGCUCCCUGGACCUGGUGCCCAACCUGCCCAGGGCAGGCCUCCCACCAUCUCCUGCUCUGCCUCGGCCUUCCCGUUCCUCUCCAGGCCUCUACAGUGCCCCAAUGCAGGACAGCCUCCAGCCCACUGCCGUGAGCCCCACCUACAGCAGUGACAUCUCCCCCGUGUCCCCCUCCAGGGCGUGGUCUCCUCGAGCCAAGCAGGCCCCCAGGCCUUCCUUCUCCACCCGGAAUGCUGGGAUCGAGGCCCAGGACCGGCCGGAGAGCCUGCCCACGUCCCCGCCCUGGACGCCGGGCGCUUCCCGGCCGCCUAGCAGCCUGGACGGCUGGGUGAGCCCGGGGCCGUGGGAGCCGGGCCGCGGGAGCAGCAUGAGCAGCCCCCCGCCGCUGCCGCCGCCGCCACCAAUGUCCCCCUCUUGGAGCGAGCGCUCGGUCUCCCCACUGAGACUGGAGAUCGAAGCGCGGCCCCCGAGCCGCCAGCUGCAGGCGCUUCUGGCGCGCAACAUCAUCAACGCGGCUCGGCGCAAGAGCGCCUCCCCGCGGCCGGCGGCAGCCGAGCCCCUGCGACCCUUUUCCCCGCCGCAGGGACCGCCGCCGCCGUCGCGCAUGCGCUCUCCGCAGCCAGCCCGCCCCGCAGGCACCUUCCGCGGAGCCGCUUUCGCCCCCAUCCCGCGGAGCCCGUUACCCGUCGGGCCUCCGUCCUUAACUAGUCCCCGGAGUCCUCAGCCCGUGCCAUCCAGGCCUUUUCCCUACCGCCGCUCGCCCACAGACUCCGACGUGUCCCUUGACUCUGAGGACUCUGGGCUUAAGUCGCCUGGCAUCCUCGGCUACAACAUCUGUCCUCGAGGCUGGAAUGGCAGCCUGAGGCUCAAGCGUGGUAGUCUCCCCACCGAGGCCUCCUGCACCACCUAAAAGUCCAUCCCCACCCCAGGAGGACUGAGCUGGAAGAGUCACCAAGCUUGGGGAACCUCAGCACUGAGACCCCAAAGGGUCUGACCUCACUGGACAGCUCCAGAGAAAAGGGGGUCAGGGAAGGAGAGCUCUGGACCUAGAGUCACUCAAACUUGGGUUCUAGCCUUUGGCUUUGUCAUUCAUUUGCAUGACCUUGAGCAAGAGCCUCCUGUCUCUGACCCUUAACUUUGGCCAAUGCAAUCUCCAGACAUGUUCCCUUUCCAUCCACACACGUGUGCCUUGGGGGAGGCAGCUAAGCAACCCCGCCAUUGGGCCUUCAGCAAGCCAGGCUUCCAUGCUCCUUCGUCCCUCACUCUGUUCUCUGCAGCCUGGCAAAUGAAGUGUGUGUUGAAAAGAACCUCGUCCAUGACCCAUGCCCAGGCCCUGGCUUGACCAUCGGCUCCUGGCACCAGGCGGGAGCAGCUGUUUUCCAUCUCUCCUCAGACCAGCUCUAUUUUUAUCUGGUGACCUUUAGAGAGAUCUCCCAGGCAAGCUCAAGGUGCCCCACUGGGCCCUUCUGGGGAGAAGGGGCUGGAAGAUUCUCCCCAGACUCUGCCAUGCUGCUUUUUCUACCCCAGCUCAGGGUGUCUGCAGAGUACCUCUAUGGUCAGGGGCACGGCAAAGUGUGAAGUGCUGGGUUCCCUGGGGCUCUGUGUCACAGGAGUCCCAGACCUCUGCCUUUCUGGGCUUGAUGACAAGUUUUGGGGUUUUUCAAAGCUAGGGAGUGAAAAGAUGGCAGUUUUAUGUGGCUGCCCCAAGUCUGGCCUUACCCAUUUGGAAAGAGGUCCUUAUUACAAGAUAUGCAAGCCAUGGCCAGGAUGCAUAGAGGAGACUCCAGAACUGGGUGGGGUUGGCUACUGACUUCUGAGGAGUCUCACCCUGAAGUACAUUCCAUAGUAUUAGGAAGUGAGGGAGGGUGUGAGUGGAGGACCGAGGGGCUUGAAUUGAGAGACAAACCUGGGUGGGAAGUGAAGGGCCCCUUCCCUUCAGUUUCAGGCCUCAGCCUAGUGUCUGUACCGUGCUCAGAAGAGUGAACAAUGCUAUGUUCAUUUUCUUCACAUCUCACUCUGGCCUGGCUCAUGCCAGUGACCUUGAGAGGAGCCUGUCCCCUAAGCCUCAGAGACUUUGAUUCCACUCUCCAAGAAUGACACUGGGAAGAAGGUCCCUGAGUUUUGUGGUUUUCAUAGUUGGGGUUCAGAAUGUUAGCUUCAGAAUUCAGAGCCUGGGGGUGGAGGUGCUGGAGUUUGAUGAGGCAUGAAUAUACGUAGGUGGAAAAAAAAAUACCAGGAUGUUGUUAAUAGUGAGGGAUUGUGUGAUUUGGGGAAAUUAGUAGAUUCACCCACAAAUCAGAGUGAUCUAGAGCCCCAGAGUAAGGCUGGGGGAAGCUAGGGUCAGGAUGGAAUGAAGUCAGGGUUGGAAUGGGUAGGAAUGACAAGUUCCUAAUGCCCAUAGGUUGGGAACCAAGCCCUACUGGGAAGAUGAGUGGGUUCCCAGUUCAGCCAAUAAUGAAUGGAUACAGUUACCAAAGCUGCUACCUGCUGCAGCAUCCCUUCCAGUAAGGAGUCCCAGGCUAUGGAUGCCUUCCAGAGAAGAGACCCUAUUAGACAUUUAGCUGACGCUGUGGCAUAGAUCAGCUUCUACCUGCAUUUCCUCAGAGAACCAGCAGGAGGCGGCUUUGAGAAACUACACUUCUGCUUCUGCUGUUGUCAUAGUGACUGCCUUCUUCCUUAUGGUCUCCUCCAGAUCCACUAGAGCUUGCCUGUAUCCUGCCUCACGCCACUUGUAGAAUUCAGAGCAAUAAAUACUUUCUGCAUUC